AUGGGAGAAGAAAUAGACUUGGACGAACCGAACCAGUUCGUACCAGAAACGACAAGUUUCGUGGAUUCGCCUGCUAGAAUAAGAGACUACUGCAAAGAUGUCUUCAGCAAUUACCUAUACCAAAAACUGGCUAUUUAUCCCUUGAUAUAUUUGGGCUGGCUUCUAUUUUACAUAACAUAUAUUUAUCGGUCCUUAUAUGUCACAGGGGCGAACCAUCAAAUAUGUGAGUAUGACCAUUCACUAGUUUCCAGUAUGAAUAACACUGUGAACGCUUUGGAGAAGGCAAUGGAGGGAUCAACAAAAAACAUUGGACAGCUUUUACCAGAGCAAUGGCCCCAUGGAUUUUACACCGUGACGUAUUCUGGAGUAUGCCGAGAAAACGAUGAUUCUGAAAAGGUGUGCUACAAAGGACGGUCGGCUGAAGGCCUAAUACUAAGAGACGUCGGUGUCCAAAUUGCCGAGUUUAACAAAAUGGAAAAUCCACUUCAGUUUGGUGAAAAGUUCAUGCUGACAUACCGUGAUGUGCAAGGCAAAUUGGAAAAGGAAUUAGAAAGAAGAAAAACGUGCCGCAAUACUCUGGGUAACCUUAUUUGCUAUUACAAGGGCUUGACUAACGACGAGGUAUCAUUUUUGCCUCAAGACAAAGUAGAUUUGGCUGUACAGGUUGCUGUAUCGUGGGUCAACAUCUUUUCUGUUGUUUUGUGUAUUGGUGUGAUAAGAAACGUCAUGAAAGAAAACGUCAUGAAUGAAAAACCCAUCGAGAUCAUCAACGUCACGAAAGACAACGUCAUGAAAGACAACGUCACGAAAGACAAUAUCAUAAAUGAAGAAGCAGACUUGGAAGCACAGAGACCGACUGUGCCAGAACCGACGACAUCUGUUCCUGGGAAACAUAAAAAUUCUUCAAAAAAAUUCUUCAGCACUAUCAAAAGCCCAUUGCUUUAUAUUCCUCCAUUACUUUAUAUGGGUUGGCUUCUAUUCUACAUAACGUUUGUUUUCCGAUCCCUUUAUAUCACAGGAGAGACACAUGAAAUUUGUGAGUACGACAGCUCCCUAGUUUCUAAGAUGAACAGCACUGUGAACGCUUUGGAGAAGGUCUUUAAAGGAUCAACAAAGAACAUUGGACAGCUUUUACCAGAUCAAUGGCCCCAUGGAAACUACACCGUGACAUAUUCUGGAGUAUGCAGAGAGAACGAUAAUUCUGAAAAGGUGUGUUACAAAGGAAUAUCGCCAGAAGGCCUUAUAUUGAAGGACGUCGGCGUCCAAAUUGCCGAAUUCAACAAAAUGGAAAAUCCACCUCAGUUUGGUGAAAAGUUCAUGCUGACAUACCGUGAUGUGCAAGGUAAAUUGGAGAAGGAACUAGAAAGAAGAAAAACGUGCCGUGGUACUCUGGGUAAACUGGUUUGUUUUUACAAGGGCUUAACUAACGACGAGGUUGAAUCGUUGCCUCGAGCUGAAAUUGCUGUGGAUUUCAAGCUUUUCGCUUCUUGGCUGACCAUGAUUUUUGCCGUCUUGUCUCUUUCGCUUAUUAUGGGCAUGGCUCUAUUGAGCCCCCGCUGUCUUUUCGCCACCGUGGCGCCCUUGAGAAAUUCUCCGGUCAAAAACACGAAAAACGACCUGAAUCCGAACAACAUCGACAAACACGUCUCCGCCACUAAACACGACCAUAAACACGACCACGACCACUCCCACAAGGACGAGAGCCACGGCCACUCCCACUCCGAGGACGGCCACUCCCACGGCGUGUUCCACAGCCAUAGCCACCAGCCAAACGAGCUUUUGGGCAAAGGGUUCACCACCAAUCCGGCCGUCCGAAUCACAUGGAUCGGGCUCCUAGUCAACGUUGCCAUGGCGGGCUCCAAAGCCGUCGGUGGCGUCGUUUUCCACUCCCAGGCGCUUAUAGCCGACGCCAUCCACUCGCUCUCCGAUAUGGUGGCGGAUUUCCUCACAUUGGCCACGGUCAAUGUGGCCUCCAAAGAAGGCUCCGUGACCAACUUCCCCUUGGGCUACGGCAAGAUCGAGGCCGUGGGCACGUUUUUGGUGAGCGGCGUGCUUCUCGCUGCGGGUGUUUCUGUGGGCUGGACAUCGUUGCUCCAGAUCUUCGAGUACUCGCUUCCACCACAGGCCUAUGAGUGGGUUGCCCUGGUACCUAUCCACGGCCACUCCCACGGCGGCGUCGAGGGCCACACGCACGACGUUGACGGGCCUCAAUUGCCCAAUAUCAACGCUGCGUGGCUCGCGUUGGGCUCCAUCGGUGUGAAAGAGGUGCUCUACCGCAAAACGAUGGACGUGGCGGACGAGACCAACUCCAAGGUGCUUGUGGCGAACGCGUGGCACCACCGUGUGGACUCGUUGACCGCGGCCGUGGCGUUUGUUACCGUCAUGGGUGGUGUGCUCUUCAACUUGGCCUGGUUGGACGCCGUCGGAGGCGGCCUUGUGUCGAUCUUGAUCAUCCACGCCGGCUGGGGUACCUUCAAGGAGGCUUGGUUUGAGCUUGUGGACCGUUCGGACCCACCAGCGCUGGAACACUACCAGCAAAUUCGCCUGAUUGUCGAAACAGAGGUUGCUCUGUCGCAGUCUGCGGACCAGCGUUUCGCCGUGAAGGACCUUUCGGUGUUGAGUGCUGGCGCCCGUUUUAAUCUCGUCUUGCAUCUUACCCUGGAGGGCAAUGUUCCAUUGCAGGAGAUCAUCGAGUUUGAGAAGACGCUUCUCGAUGGUAUCAGACAGUCGAAUAGAUACGUGGGGAAGGUGUUUGUCGAGUACGAGAUGUUGUAA